AAUACAGGCUUUGAGUCUUUGGACUCCUAAUCCUAAAUUGGUGAUUAAAGGCUGAAAAUUUCCAAACUUCCCAGCCACCUGUUUGAUUCAAUCUCCAGUUCGAUUCCGUACAUAAUCUUGGUUUUCCUUAUAAUCUUUUGAUUCUAUGAUUUAAUCCCUGAGAAUUAGGCGUCAGCCCGUAUUUGGUCUUGUGAUUAAGUAGUCCUUUUGAUCAUUCAUUCCUUCAAAACACAUCAAUUUCUUGAAGCUGCUAUAGUUAUUGAAUCCACUCAGCAUUACAGGCUCUUCUACCAUGGGAUCCAGUCUCGGAAGGGUUGUAUGAAUUGAGUACAUUUUGUCAUCUUUUAUUUCAUCGGAUCAAUCUCAUCUCUGAGAAUUUUGCUAUGAGUUUUCCUGAUCACCACUCUGCCUUCAUGCUAUCGCCACUACCAUUUGCGGCGGAUGACGAUUCCAAUGGAAGGUGGCCGCAAUUCCCCAUCAACAACGAACUAUUCGAUUCACAUUCCACAUUUGAUCAACUUCCUCCGUUCAAGAGGCCCAGGACAUCUGAAAGCAGUCACUUUGAUCCCUCGCCCUUCCCGCCGCCCAUGAAUUCCAGAAUGCACCACCCACAAAAUCCUCCAACAAAUAGAGGAGGAACGAGCCACAUUUUUUUUAAGACUCGCUUGUGUGCGAAAUUCCGAAUGGGUACCUGUAGGAAUGGCGAGAAUUGCAAUUUCGCUCAUGGCAAUGAGGACAUGAGGCAGCCACCUCCAAAUUGGCAAGAACUUAUUGGUUUACGCGAUGAAGAACGGUCAUCAGGAAAUUGGGACGAUGACCAGAAAAUCAUACAUAAGAUGAAGCUGUGUAAGAAGUACUACAAUGGCGAGGAAUGCCCUUAUGGUGAAAGGUGCAACUUUCUUCAUGAAGACCCGUCCAAGUUCAGGGAUGAUGCAGGGAGGUGCAGGGAGAGCUCAGCUAUAAGCCUUGUAGCUAAUGGAUCUCCAAAGUCGCACUUGAAUGGCCCUAGUAAUCCAGACAAUAAUAAGACUGUCACCACUGGGUCUGAUGGUUUCAGAACAAAUGGGAAGGCUCCUUUCUGGAAGACUAAGUUAUGUAGCAAGUGGGAGACAACAGGACAGUGCCCUUUCGGUGAUAAAUGUCAUUUUGCCCAUGGACAAGCAGAGUUACAAGUGCCUGGUGUACGCAGUGAAAUAGAAGCUAUUGGGGCUGCAUCAAUUCCUGUAAAUGAUGUGUCUCCUAUCAAUGCUGUAAGUAUACUUGAUUCAAAGGAGGAGGAGCAGAAAAAGAAGAAUUUGUUGAAGUGGAAAAUAAACAAGAAGGUCAAUCGAAUUUAUGGUGAUUGGCUCGAUGACUUUCCAUUGCCAAGGUAGCUUAGUUGGAUAGCUGGAGUUUGGGUCUUGGAAAGUUUGCUUUCCAUGAAAUUUUGAUAAGAUGGGGUCACUCAUGCUUGGUGAUCACUUCAUAGGUUUAUUUGUUUUCUUCUUUCUGUCACAGUGGUUUAUAAAGUUUUUUUUUUUUUUGGUUCAAAGGGUCUAUUGGAUUCUUGAUGGCAUUGAGAUAAUUCUCCAAGUUUUGUGGGCGGGGUAGGUUCUGAUCAAAUUAUGUUUAUUCUAUUUCUAUUUUAUACAUCAACGUAUGAUUAUUCAAAUGGUGUAAAGUCGUUAAUUUUUCUACUUCUA